GGCGCGGGGGGAGGGGGAGCGGGAGGGGGGGCCCCGCCCUCGGGGGGCGGCACUGCGCCGGGCGGCAAGACGUGCGCGGGCUGCGGGGCGCGCAUUGCGGACCGCUUCCUGCUCUACUCGAUGGAGCGCUACUGGCACACGCGCUGCCUGCGCUGCUCCUGCUGCCAGGCGCAGCUGGGCGACAUCGGCUCCUCGUGCUACACGCGCCAGGGCAUGAUCCUGUGCCGGAACGACUACAUCAGGAUGUUUGGGCACAGCGGUGCGUGCAGCGCGUGCAGCGUCUCCAUCCCCGCCAGCGAGCUCGUCAUGCGCGCACAGGGCAGCGUCUACCACCUGAAGUGUUUCACCUGCGCCGUGUGCCGGACGCGCCUGCUGCCCGGGGACCGGUUCCACUACCUGAACGGCCGCCUCUUCUGCGAGCACGAUCGUCCCGGCGGGGUGCUGCCCCCGGGGGCCGCGCCGCACCUGGGCACACACCUACCCCCGCUGCCCUCCGCAUCGCUUCUCCCCGACCAGAAGGUCUGCUGAAGGGAUCUGCAAUAAUACCGCCCAGGUGCCUUCAUUCAAGCCUGAAACGAUUUAAUUAGCGGCUCCGCGGCGCCGCGCGGCGUUCCCAUGAGCGAGGAGGCGGGGGGCCGGGCCUCCUCCUCUGCCCCCCCCCCCACGGGGCUCAUUAUCCGCGCUCCGGGGGGGCCGCCUGCAAGCCACCGCCUCCACACUCCCCCCACGGCCGCCCACACCCCCCCUCCCCCCCCACCGCCGCCCACCACUCGCCUCUCAAAGAGCCCGGGCGCAGGAAUGCGCUCAGAUCUGCUGCCAAUUAAGCUAAUUAAUGCUAAUUAAAAGAUUUUGCUAAGCUCCCUUGUCCGCCGCCCGUUGGCUAUAUAGAGUUAGUAGCGGCUAUUGGGGGGGAGGGGGGGUUGGUUUUGCGGGGAGAGGCAAUAAUGAGACUCGGUUCCCAGGUCGUCGGCUUGUCCCUGGUGGCCGACUCGGCGAAGCGGGGGGGCCCUGUGUCUCCUGCCGUACGCGGCGGCGUUCGAUUCGGAAUCCCGGGGGCUUUCUGGGUGUUGCGCUGUUCCCACAUUUUUUUUUGUUCAACCGCGUCGCUGUCCAGUGCCGCGUUGGCGACCUUCGCGAAGGUUCUCUCCCUGCGAGGGCCCGCUCGCUCGCCCGCUCCACGACCCCAGGGGGUGUUGGCCGAGGCGACGCGGGGGGGGGGGGGGGGGGCUCUGACGACCGUGCCCGCCGCUCCUCCUCGCUUUGAGGGCGCGUGCCCCCCGUUCGUCUCGUAGGAACUGGACCACCCCCCCCCCCCACCCCUGCACACUACAUUAGUAGCCGAUGGCGACUUAUUAUUAUUGUUGUACGCAUCCCUCUCCCGUGUCACUCCCGGGUGGGACAGGCCUGUCACCAGCAUUUCAAGAUGUAACGAGGGGAGGUUGGGGGGGGGGUUGGAACUCGGUUUGUAUUUUGUAAAAUAAUAAUAAUAAUAGUAAUUUGCACAGCAAGGCCCGCCUGGUGCAGGAGAGAGGGCGACGCGGAAUGUUGCGGGGGCCGCCGGCGGUGGGAGCCAGCAAGGGCCCCGGCGGUCCCCCCCACGAGGAGCGGGGGGGGGGGGGACCGGACUGCCGCCGGAGCGUCGCUCGCCGCUCGUUGCUCGUGCGUGAGGAGGAGAGUGAGGAGGAGAGGGCGAGGAUCUAGGAGAGAGUGAGGACGAGGAGGAAGAGAGAGUGAGGCCGUCCCCUCCGUUGACUCGUGUAUCACCGUUCCUCUUCCUGCAUUACUUGUAAAAUGGAUUCUGGUUUAUAGGUAUUCGUGAUGUACAGGUUUAUUAAAAAAGGAAUCGCUAAAUUAUUUACAUUUUCUUACAAUUAAGUGUCGCACUCUGAAAAAAAAAAUGUAUAUAUAGCAAUUGCAUUUUAGUAGCUUGGUGAAUAAAGUGACGUAAACUCCGGCGUCUUGGUGCCGCCCCCCGUCUCGUUUAACCCUGACGGGAGGGUGGUCGCGGUGCCGUUAGGGAGGGGGGGGGGGGGAGAUGGCGGGGGCCCCUCCCCCCCAAAGCUCGACGAGCGGCCACAACGCAGCCGUCGGGACCGAGGAACGGCGCCUCGUCACUCUCGCGCCCGGCGGGCACGGCCGGAGCCCCGCUCACCCGGAGGGGCGACAACGCCCCCAACCCCCCCCCCCACACCACACUGCGUGCCGCCGCUCUCCACCGCCAUGCCCGAUCGCGUGGGGCAGGCGCAGAGCCCCCGGGAGGGAACGACCCUGCGAGGGGUAGCCGACGAAGCUUGCCCACAGGUUGUCCCCCUGCGGUGCUCGCGUGCGAUUUCAACGUUGACGCGUCGUCGCAUUGUUUUGCGUCCGAUCCAAGACGGGGGCCUCUCUUCCUCCUUUUUCCCGUGCACACGGAGCCCACCACUUCGUCCCGAGGCAGCAGCAGUUCCACCGUGCGCGCGCGUGUGUACGUACGCGUGUGUGUACGUACGCGUGUGUGUACGUACGCGUGUGUGUACGUACGCGUGUGUGUACGUACGUGAGUGACAUACGCACUUGGGCGGCCGUGAGAUCAAAUCGUGAUUUGGAGGGCGUCAAUUUUGCUUUGACAUCACUCUGACAUGAUGACGACGAUAAUUGUAACGAUGAUGCCCGCUCUCCAGGAAAGCCUCGCUAAUAACAGAACUGCCUAUGCCAUUUACAUUCCUUUGUGUUUGCUCGUAUUUUUUUUACUUAAUGUUUAAUUUCAUUUAGUGGCGUCGUCAUUUGUGUAAAUUGUUUCUCCCAAUCACCGAGGAGCUGCAGAGAAGCGGGAAGGCUGCCAGGCAGGGAGCCGGCACUGCCGACAAUUGUCCAAGGUUUGCAGUACCUCUACAUAUUAAGAUGUUUUCAGCGAAUUAAUGAGUGUUUCAUACAUGUAUUAAUGAGUGCAAGUGGUAGUACCCGCUCUGACACUGGUUAUAAACCUGGACAGCAAAUAAAAUGUGUAUAAAAA